UGGCGUGAGGGGCGGGGCCUGAACCUCAGCGAAUUUUCGCGCGCGGCCCAGAAAAAAAUGGCUACGGCGGCUGCUAACUCGGCGGCAGCGGCGGCACUAGCCGCGCCGUGCCGUCCGUCAGGAGAUGCCGAGCCGUCCGCUCAGCAUAUGGCUGCGCUGAUCUUGGCCCGCGGAGGCAGCAAAGGCAUCCCUCUGAAGAAUAUUAAGCUGCUGGCUGGAGUCCCGCUGAUUGGCUGGGUGCUGAGGGCAGCCCUCGAUUCCGGCGUCUUCCAGAGUGUGUGGAUUUCCACAGACCAUGACGAGAUUGAGAAGGUGGCCAAGCAGUAUGGGGCACAGGUCCAUCGGAGGAGUUCGGAGGUGUCUAAAGACUCUUCUACCUCUAUGGAUGCCAUUGUGGAGUUCCUUCAGUAUCAUGAUGAGGUUGACAUUGUUGGAAAUAUUCAAGCAACCUCACCUUGCUUGCAUCCCACGGAUCUCACCAGAGUGGCCCAAAUGAUCCAAGAAGACGGUUUCGACUCGGUCUUCUCCGUGGUGAGACGGCAUCAGUUUAGAUGGAGUGAAAUCAAGAAAGGAGUGUGUGAAGUGACAGUACCUCAGAACCUGAAUCCGGCCAAACGUCCCCGGAGGCAAGAUUGGGACGGGGAGCUUUAUGAAAAUGGAUCCUUUUACUUUGCCAAGCGGGCUCUGAUUGAAAAGGGGUAUCUACAGGGUGGGAAAAUGGCCUACUACGAAAUGCGUGCUGAGCACAGUGUGGAUAUUGAUGUCGACAUUGAUUGGCCAAUCGCAGAGCAAAGAGUCCUGAGAUAUGGCUACUUUGGGAAAGAAGCCUUGAAGGAGGUGAAGCUGCUGGUUUGCACCAUAGAUGGAUGCCUCACCACCGGCCACAUCUACGUCUCAGAGAAUGCAAAAGAGACUGUUUCUUAUGACGUCAGGGAUGCCAUUGGGAUUAAUUUGCUUCGGAAAAGAGGUGUGGAGGUGCGGCUGAUCUCCGAGAGGAACUGCUCGUCUGAGACACUUUCCGCCAUGAAGCUGGGCUGUGCCAUGGAAGUGGGCGUGAUGGACAAGCUGCACGUGGUUGAGAAGUGGAGGAAGGAAAUGGGGCUGUGCUGGAAAGAAGUGGCAUACUUAGGAAAUGAAGAAUCUGAUGUGGAGUGCCUGAAGAAAGCUGGCAUGAGUGCGGUCCCUGCUGACGGCUGUCCAGCUGCACAAAAAGCCACAAGCUACAUUUGCAAAUGUAACGGUGGCCGCGGCGCAAUCCGGGAGUUUGCAGAGCAUAUCUUUCUCCUAAUGGAAAAGAAUGUCCCACUUGAAACUGCAGGUGGAAGAUCACAUGAUUCAUGUCCCCCUGCGCCUCCUAGAAAACAGGUGACUGCAUUCAGUUGAUGGAGCCCUGAAGUCCCAACAAUUGGUGGUGAUCGUUGUCCUAACUUCUGUGGCUUAGCCUAGCUUGUCGGGUUGUUGUGAUAAAAUGAGGUAACCCCUGUGUAUGUCAUUUGGCGUUCCCCGAAGGAAGGUCAGAGUUCACUCUCUUGUUCUGUUUUGCUAUUUCUGUAUUUAAGUUCCUGUGCCUUUGACAAUGGCCGCUUUCCGUGCUCCAAAGUUCAGUGCUCUAGACCAGAUAUUCUCAAUGUUGGGUCCCCAGAUGUUAUUGGACCUCAACUCCCAUAAUCCCCAGCCCCAGUGGCCUUUGGUUGGGGAUUAUGGGAGUUGAAGUCCAGUAACAUCUGGGGACCCAACGUUAAUCCCUGCUUUAGACCACCACUUAAAAGGCACCACUUUAGACCACCACUUUCUGACCUGGUAAUACUACAUUUUUGCUGCUGUUACGUCUUUAGAAAUGCAAUAAUUACUUGUUUUCAUUUUCUUUACCAAAGCUGGGAAAUUUAUGCUGUAGUGGCGUUCAUGAUUUUGUGUGCUGUGGGUAUUUAUAAGCUAGACAACACUGGAACUUCUCUCUUUUGCAAAUAUAUAUAAUCACCAUCUGCCAGGUGCUUCAAGUCUUUCCUGUUUUUGCAGCCCAAGAAGGCAGCAAAAAUAGGUCUGGUGAGCCACAAUAGAAUGCUGGUGGAUUGCGUUCAGCUUGGUAGGUGAUGGGUUUUGAAAACUUAUUAUGCACCCACUUUCUUAUGGGUAGGGCUGUAGUACAUCUGUUUUGCAUGCAGAAGGUUCCAGCUUCAAUUUCUGGCAUCUCCAGGUAGGUCUGGGAAGGACUCCUGCCUGGAACCUCAAGAAUUGCUGCUGGCCAGUGCUGACAGCAGCAUUUUGUCAUGGGUUAUAUUCAGAAAUCAUAGGAUACCUCUUCUUCCAGCUAUCCAGAUUCUGUUGUCUCCAUAGAUUCCUGGGAGCUAAAAAUGAAGGAUGUCCCCAGUUUAGAUACUCCUGUUUGUGGACAAAAGUGGUAUCAAAGACUUUCUACUUGUUUGUCUUGUUGAUUAUUUGUAAUUGCAGAUAAUAAAUUACCAAUGUUAAAAGAAAUCGUGGUCAAAAUAAGGUUCAUUUUUCUAUUUAGGAAUAAAAGUGCAGAAACCUA